GACAACUGACAGGGAUAAUGCUGAUAGCAUGGUAAGCGAGGCUAAGGAAACUGUGAUCCAGGUGAAGAAAGUGGAAGGUCCAGUUCCAAUCAGCAGUGCAGAACAUGGGGGUCUGAUCACCAAUGUUGUACAGAUUAGCAGCGCUGCAAGUGACAAUACGAUCAGCAGUGCCACAGGUGUAGCGGUAAAAGUGCCAGCUAGCACAGUGGAAAGUGCAGUGGAGAUCAUCAGGGAUAUGAGAAGUGGAAGCAUGAUAAGUACUGGAGGUAUGACUAGUGUAGGCAGCGGUGGUUUGAUCAGCAGGACAGAAAGUGGGUAUAUGAUGAAUAAUGUGGUAAGUGGACAUAUGAUAACUAGUGCAGGAAGUGGACACAUGAUAACUAGUGCAGGAAGUGGACACAUGAUAACUAGUGCAGGAAGUGGACAGAUGAUAACUAGUGCAGGAAGUGGACACACGAUAACUAGUGCAGGAAGUGGACACAUGGUAACUAGUGCAAGUAGUGGAGGAAGUGGAGAAUGGAAGGUUUAUGGUGGAGGUACAGGAAGACUCAGUGGUCCAGGUAGUGGAGGCAGACUCAGUGGUCCAGGUAGUGGAGGCAGACUCAGUGGUCCAGGUAGUGGAGGCAGACUCAGUGGUCCAGGUAGUGGAGGCAGACUCAGUGGUCCAGGUAGUGGAGGCAGACUUAGUGGUCCAGGUAGUGGAGGCAGACUCAGUGGUCCAGGUAGUGGACAAAAGAUAAGUGGUACCAGUGGUGGAGAUCAAAUUAAAUGUAAUAGUAUCGGCAGUGGAGUCUGGACCCAUGUGAAUUCCGAAAGUGUCUCUCGGUUUAACAGAAACGCGAGCAAUGAAAGGACUGGUAGACUUAGCAGUGCAGGAAGUGGAGAAUGGAAGGUUUAUAGUAGAAGUAAUGGACAGAUCAGUAAGGCAGGAAGUGAGGGAAGAAUCAGCAGUGCUGGAAGUGGACACAUGAUCAGUAGUGCUGGAAGUGGAGGUAGACUGAGUAGCAGAAGCACAGGAAGUGGAGGUAGACUAAGUAGUGCAGGUAGUGGACAUAUGAUCAGUAGUGCAGGAAGUGGAGGUAGACUAAGUAGUGCAGGUAGUGGACAUAUGAUCAGUAGUGCAGGAAGUGGAGGUAGACUGAGUAGCAGUAGCACAGGAAGUGGAGGUAGUGGACAUAUGAUCAGUAGUGCAGGUACUAGUGGACAGAGAAUUAGUAGUACAGAGGGUGGUGUCAGGAUCAGCAGUGGGGGUAGUCGAGUGAUUACCAGCAGUGGUGGUCCAGCCAGCAGCCCCAGCAGAGUGACCAUCAGGAACACAGGAAGCGGAGGCGGUGGAGGCAGAGAGCGGAUCAGCGUCUGUAAAAUGGCUGCCCUCUCCAUAUCAGCUGCCGUGAAAGAAAGAGAAAAGGCCCAGGAGAUCCGUCGGGAAUCCUACACAAAACAGGUGUCAGCCACCAGUCCUCGGGUCCAGCGGUGGGUGAGGACAUUGGUGGAAGAAACUGUAGACAACAGUAAAACUGAUGACGACAGUGUGCCAUUCUGAGUCGACAGAGGAGCAAGGCAUAAUGACAAAUAGUCACACUACUUAUAGUUAAUACAUAUCUAUUACAUUGCAUUCCAUCAAAUGAGCAUUAAUACCUUGAAAUAACCAGUAUCACAAUGCACCUCCAUGUUAGAAAACGUGUUUUCACAGGAUCUCUGUCUGCAAUAAUUCCUGUUACUGUGCCUUUCAUCAUUGCUGUGAGUAAGUAAUGCACUGAGUUUUCUGUUUGAACAGUAAUCUAUAAAGUUCUGAAAUAUACUCUGACAUAGUUAUAGGGACGCAGGGGUGAUGGAAUUUGUUCUACGCCAAACAAUUUUAUCUCAUUGGAUUUGGUUUCCUUGUAAAGCGCUUACACUUACAUUGAUCCAGUCAGUUGUGGAGCGAGUCAGCUAGUCAUCUCAUUUGACACAUUUACGCAAGUUAGUAUAACUUUUAGAUUUUAUUUCAGUAGUUUGAAAUCAAUGUAUCAAAGCUUCUGAUGACUUAUUACUU